AUGGCUCCUUCGCUCGUUUCCUCGCUCUCGGCUGCUGCUGUGCUAUCUGGCGCUGCGCUGCUGGCUGGCGCGCACCAGGUCGUACUGCUGCCCGCACCGACCUACACCACGGACGACAAGGCCACCAAGUACGCGCCCCUCGCCUUCCUGGAAGACCAGGGCUUCGCGACGCAGGAGGACUUCACUGCGUGGCGUACAGACAACGGCUACGACUCGUUGCGCGCUUUCAACGACGGGGCGUCCUACACUGUGGCCGAUGGCGCCGACUUCACCUGUGGCUUCACCAACACCAACGGUGAAGUGCAGCCCAUUCCGGACGACAACGCUAUGCGCUCCACAGGCUACACGCACGACGGCCCGUGCGAGGUUUGGCUCGACGACACCAUGGUCAUGCAGUACGACAACUGCCACGAGUCCAUCAGCGGCAAGGACUACACCAUCGACUACAGCUCGUGCACCUCCACGUGCACGCUCUACUGGUUCUGGCUGGGCGUGCGCUACCUCAAGAACGAGUACUCGUGGCAGAUCUACAAGGCGUGCGUACCGCUGUCUACGUCGGCCCGCCGUCUUGAGGGCGCGACCAACGAGUCGGCGCGUCUCGAUUUCUAA